CUAUUUUUGCAUAUCACACUCCCAAAGGGCUGCCUACUCCAUCGUCCUUCCUAGACUUCAAAUUGGAGCGCAAAAAGCGCAAGAAGCUCGUCUGUUGAGUGAGCUUAUAUGGAAAUGUGUGUUAAAUUUCGCCUGUACAAAAUGCCACGACACAGGAUGCAGAUAAUAUUAAUAUUUAGCAGGAGAAAGGAUUUCACACAGCCAGGUCAUCGCACCUACCAUGUGUAAAUUUGUCUCGCGCCGCGCCAGGGCGCAUGUUUUAUCAAAAAAUCGAUUGAAAAAAUUCAUUGUCCUGAACUUCAUGGUCGCCUCGCGUUGAAGUCCAUUUCCCUUAGAUUUUACUAAGUAGAAAAUGUUGUUUCCUGCGAACUGUGUCUAAAUCGUGCGUCUUACACUCUUCGUGAUAAUGUUCUCGGACUCCUUUAGUUCCAUCGCGUCGCAAACAGGAAUUGCUAGGAGGAUACGUCUUUGAUUAAAUAGCUCCCAUCUAGUGAAGUUCGCAAAUUAAAUUUACGUCUAAAUGCAUGAAAUAGAUAAAUUUUGUUAACGAGCGAGUACUCCGAGAGCGCCGUGAGUGAUUAGUGGAUAAUUUUUCAAUAACUGAUAAAAAUGGUCACGAUGACUUCGGAAGUCGAUAAAAAUAAUUCCACAGCAGUUUGCAAAGCUACCUCAAGUUCCGCAACUUAUAAUUCCGCAACGAAGCAUGAAGACGCUCCGAAUAUCCUGGUUUACAAAAAGAUGGAGGCGAUCAUUGAGAAAAUGCAGGCCGAGAACACGGGAGUGGCGGUGCGAACAGUGAAGGCGUUCAUGAGUAAAGUUCCCUCGGUUUUCACGGGUGCAGAUUUGAUAUCCUGGAUCCUGAAAAAUACUGAUGUUGAGGAUGUUACGGAAGCCCUGCAUUUCUCACAUCUCCUAGCGUCACAUGGUUAUAUAUUUCCUAUCGAUGAUCACGCGUUAACUGUUAAGAACGAUGGAACAUUUUAUAGAUUCCAGACUCCAUAUUUCUGGCCGUCAAAUUGUUGGGAGCCUGAAAAUACUGACUACGCUGUAUACCUUUGUAAGCGCACUAUGCAAAAUAAGACACGAUUGGAAUUGGCUGACUACGAAGCAGAAAAUUUAGCAAGACUACAAAAAAUGUUUUCUAGAAAGUGGGAAUUUAUAUUUAUGCAAGCUGAGUCACAAAGCAAAGUUGCCAAAAAGCGUGAUAAACUAGAACGUAAAGUUUUGGAUUCACAAGAACGGGCUUUCUGGGACGUCCAUCGGCCAAUGCCUGGUUGUGUGAAUACAACUGAAAUAGACAUUAAGAAAGCAUAUCGACGCGGAGGAUCGAGCCAUGGAUCGGGAUCCGCCGGGGCUGCGUUGUCGAAUAAUCCAAUAGAACAACUAACACGAAUCAUAACUCUAAGGAAGCAAAAAUUAGAACGACGAACCAUAAAGGUUUCAAAAGUUUCUGAAUCGCUGGUCUCCUAUUUUGAGCAAUACAGCGAAUUUGAUUAUUUCAUUACAUCACCGGAAUUGCCAAACCCCUGGCAGACGGAUAACACCGAGAUGUGGGAUGCUGAGAAAUUUACGAAGGAGAUUCCUAUGCGACGAGUUAAACGAUGGGCAUUCAGUUUACGUGAAUUACUGAAUGAUCCAAUCGGCCGAGAACAAUUUUCGAGGUUUCUAGAAAAGGAGUAUAGUGGCGAGAACUUGAAAUUCUGGGAAUCCGUACAACAAAUGAAAGCCCUCCCACAGUCCGAAAUCAAAGAAGCAAUAACAAACAUCUGGAAGGAAUUCUUAGCACCCGACGCUCCUUGUCCAGUCAAUGUAGACUCGAAAUCAAUUGAGUUAGCACGCGAAGCUGUCCACUCUACAUCAGGACCAAAUCGGUGGUGUUUCGACGUCGCCGCAUCUCACGUCUACCAUCUCAUGAAAAGUGACUCCUACUCGCGAUAUCUACGUUCCGAUAUGUACAAAGACUAUUUGAAUGGAUCGAAAAAGAAAAUUAAAUCGAUACCAAAUCUGUUUGGUGUCAAACGUUGAAACGCAACAAUUUAAAAACGUAGUUAAAUGUGAACAAAAAAUAAUUAACUAUUCGACCCUUUUAAAAGCAAUCAAAAAGCGCCAUCCCAACAUAUUUUCGGUUUUAAACACUCCAGACGAAGUGAAGUUGAGUAACUUCUUUGGUAUUAUUGUAAUGACACCUCUGUGGAACGUCACUAGCGUUUAAAGUAAUUUGAAGUAUUUUCCGUUUAAUCACAUUUGACCUUAGUCUCGUGAAUGGUCCCGCCUCUUUUUACUAAGUUUUUAGUCAGACACAUCCACCCGAAUUGCAGCUAACAAUUACUGCCAAUCAGAAAUGUUAAUUUUUUAUUGUUUCGUUGUACAUGUAAAUGUAUAUACAUAUAUGUGAUGUUCACCUCAUUCCAUUUGUUUUCCAAUUUUUGUGAAAUAAAAAAAAAUAUA